AUGUUUUUUUUAUAUUAUUAUAAAAAAAUAUAAAUCUAGUAAUUAAAGUGGUAUUAAAAAUUAUAUUAAUAUUUUUUUGGGAUUAAAAUUUCUUAAGAACAUAGAAUAAUAAAUAUUGAUGGAACAGUUAGUCCCCCGAAUUAUUUCAAAAAUAUUAUAAAAAAUUAAAAAUAUACAACAAUAACUUUAAUACCAAUAGUCCUAUAUAAUGAAUUUAAAUAUUUCUUUAAUCUAUUUUUCUUAUUAAUAGCUAUAUCUUAAUUUAUACCAGUUUUAAAAGUAGGUCUUCUAUUUAGUUAUGUAGCACCUUUAUCAUUAGUAUUAUUUUUAACUAUAUUAAAAGAAGCAUAUGAUGAUUAUAAACGUUUUAAAAGAGACAAAGAAGCUAACAGUUAAGAAUAUAUGGUAAUAUAAAAAGAAGGAUAAUUAAUUUCAUUAAAAAGCUCAGAACUGAAAGUAGGGCAUAUAGUUUAAGUUUAGGCAAAUUAAAGAAUUCCUGCAGAUAUGAUACUUUUAUCUACAAAUGAUAUUUCAGGAGAUGUAUUUAUAAAAACAGAUUAAUUAGAUGGUGAAACUGAUUGGAAAUUAAGAAAGCCUGUUUUUAAAAGUUAAAGUUUAUUUCAUUAAAAAGGUAUAUAAGGUAUUUUUGAAUCUAAAGGUGAAUUUUAAAUUGGAGCUCCUAUUGAGAACAUUUAUAAAUUUUAAGGAUUAUAUAUAUGUAAAGAAUAAAAUUAAAAUUUGAGAGAAUGUUUGAGUUUAGAAAACAGUUUAUGGUCAAAUACUGUACUUGCAUCAGGUAAAAUAUGGGGUAUAGUUAUAUAUACAGGAAAAGAAACUCGAGUAGCAUUAAACUCUAGAAGUGCAGUUUGCAAAUUUGGUUAAUUAGACAAUGAAUUGAAUUAUUUAUCUAAACUUUUAUUUGUUUUUAUGCUUGUAUUGUCUAUUAUUUUAGUAUUUUUAAAAGGAAUUAUUACUGAAUUCAGUACUAUAGUAAUAAUUUUUAGAUAUGUUCUACUUUUGAGUAGUAUAAUACCGAUUUCUAUGAGAGUUAAUUUGGAUUUCGCGAAACUUAUUUAUUGUUAUAAAAUUAAUGUUGAUAAUCAAAUACCAGGUACAGUAUCUAGAUCAAGCUAAAUUCCAGAAGAAUUAGGGCGAAUUAAAUUUCUUUUAACUGAUAAAACUGGAACAUUAACUUAAAAUUAUAUGAUUUUUAAAAAAUUGUCACUAGAAUAAGGUGUUUUUACUUCAGAAGAAAUUUCUUUUAUUUCAAAUGUUGUAAAGGAAUAAUGUGAAAAAUAGUAAAAAAAAAAAUUAAUAAAUAAUUAAUUAUAUUUUUUUUAUAGAUUAGGACCGAUGUGGGAUAUUCAAUAAUUAUAUAAUAACUAAUAGAAUGAUUAAUAAUUUAAUAUUAAUAAUAAUAAAGUAGGAAAAAUUAAAAAUAUUAGAAGAGAUAAAGAUGCUAUUUUAAGAGAUUUAAUUACUGCUUUGGCUGUUUGUCAUAAUGUAAUACCUAUUUAUGAAGAUGGAAAAGAUAAAAAUUAUCAGGCUAGUUCGCCUGAUGAGGUUGCGUUGGUUAAAAUAGCAGAAAGUAUGGGUGUUUCAUUAGAUAAAAGAACUUAGGAGUUAAUAACAUUAAAAAAUGGUAAUGGAGAUUAUGAAAAUUAUAAAGUUUUAGCAAAUUUUCCAUUUUCUAGUGAGAGUAAGAGAAUGGGAAUCGUUGUUAAAUAAAUAGAGACUAAUAGAUACAUUUUUUAUUUAAAAGGAGCUGAUACAAUUAUGAAAAGUAAAGUAAAAAUAUACCUGAAUAUUAAAGAGGUUUUUUAUUAGAUGAAUCAGAAAAUUUAUCUAGUGAAGGUUUAAGAACAUUAGUUAUAUGUUAAAAGUACUUAACUGAAAAAGAAUUUAAUUAAUGGAAUUUAUAAUAUGAAGAAGCUCGUUAAUGUUUAGUUAACAGAGAUGAGAAAAUAUAAGAAGUAUUAAUUUAAAUAGAAAAGAAUAUGGAAUUUUUGGGUAUAACAGGUGUAGAAGAUAAACUAUAAGAAGAUAUUUGUAAUACACUUGAAUCUUUAAGAAAUGCUGGAAUAAAAAUAUGGAUGCUUACUGGAGACAAAGUGCUCUCCAACAUAAAAAUCUGAAAUAGUUAAAUGUAUAAAAAAAUAUACAAGACAAAAAACUGCAGCCAUAGGAGAUGGUGGAAAUGAUGUCGCAAUGAUUUAAAGUGCAGAUGUUGGCAUAGGCAUUGUGGGUAAAGAAGGUAUGUAGGCUGCUUUAGCUGCGGAUUUUUCAAUUUUUUAAUUUAAAUAUUUAAAUAGAUUACUUUUGUGGCAUGGGAGGUAAAGUUAUAAGAGAAGUUCGGUUUUAUCUUAGUUUGUUAUACAUAGGGGACUUAUUAUUUCUGUUAUUUAAGCUAUUUUUAUCAUUUGUUUCUUCUUUGUUCCUAUUCCGAUAUAUAAUGGUAUUUUAAUGUUAGGAUAUUCAACUAUUUUUACAAUGUUUCCAGUAUUUUCACUUAUUUUUGACGAAGAUGUGGAUGAAAUCACAGCUAUGAAUUAUCCUCCUUUAUAUAAAAGUUUGUAAAAAAAUAGAGAAUUAAAUACUAAAUCAUUUCUUGGUUGGAUAUUUAUUAGUAUUUAUUAGGGUACUUGUAUUAUGAUACUUUCUUUUCUUAUUUUUAAUGAUGCAUUUAUUUCAAUUUAAACUAUUACUUAUUCAGCUUUAAUAAUUUUGGAACUUUUAAAUAUAUUAACAUCAAUUCAUAAAAUUCAUAUUGUUAUGAUUAUUUCGAUUUUAUGUUCUAUUGGAAUAUAUAGCUUAACUUUAGUUUUUUUAAAAAAUUAUAUAAUUAUUAGUGAAUGGGAUAUAGAUUUUAUUCUUAAACUAUGUAUUAUUGUUUUUGUUUGUUGGCUUCCCCCUUUUAUAUUUUAAAUCAUUAAAAAAAAAAUUGAUCCUAAUGAUUUUGAGAAAAUAAUGAAAAAUAAAAAAGACAAUUUUAAAAUUAAUUUUAAGAUAAAAUGA